GUUCUCGCGAAGGUAGAGUCUGAUCGGCGACCGACCUUUUCUACUUUGCCUCGCAGUGAAAAAGAUCUCGACGAUUGUUCCGGCUUUCGUGUAUAAGCGACAUCGGUCGAUUUCUAUAACGUUUCUCGAGUAAAACAAACUUCCGUUUUCGUUUCGACUCCCAGUGACAUUUAGGAUUUUUUAAAGAAAGUUCCUGUUAUUAUUUCCGCCGCAUAAAACCGUGUAGUUUACCGUGAUAUUUUUUUCGGAAAUUAUUUUCGUGCGGUUUUACGUGCAAUUUUCCGAAAAUACAGUUGCGGUUUUUCCUUGCAAUUGUUUUUGACGUUACAUCAUUUUUCGCAGUUAUUUUGAAAAAAAAAGAAUCGAAAAGUCACCGGAACUCACGUCGCCUUUGCUUCCGUUAAUUUCAUAAUCGGUAGUGCAUCGGUGGUGCAUCAUGACGUAGCGCACGGCUGUCGCGCUCCGAAACUGUCUCGUGCCUUAAAAUCGCCGUCCAGAUCGUGACAAUAAAUCGUCCUCUCUUCGAGGUUGUUGCUUCAUUUUUUUACGAAUAUUUUUUUCGAGAUCGGAUUUUCCUUGUUAUUCCCGUUUUUUCGCUCCCGACCAUUAAAAAUUCGCCGGCGUUCGCGCGACGAACGUAAUUUCAACGAGCUUAUUUUCCCUCCGCGUCGAUUACAUUAUUAUCGAUCUAGCCACGAAAUUGCCUUACCGAGAUCCAAGAUCACGUUCGGAUCUUUUUUCGAGAAAGUCCCGUUUUUUUAAAAAUUUUCUUAUUUCCUCUCGAUCCCGAGUUCGAACGAGAAUCAGCUCCGUCCUUCUCUCUUGUGCCUUUUCCCGAUUUACUACUCCUAUUAUUGUGAUUGGGGCGAACGUUCGUGAUCCCCCGAGAAGAGCACGAGAAGAUCCAGCAGCCAAGGAGGACCGACUUCGUAAUCUCUUCGUAGAUAUAAAAGUCUCCCUCUCGCGCUCCUCCUCUCUGUUUUCCUCUCUUCUGUGCCGUUUCACUUGAAACUCGCGCUGAAACCGUCCACGAAUCCGUCCGAGCAAGAGAGAAUCCUACAAGCGCGAUCGAGUGACACCAUGAUGACACUAGCGCGUCGAGUGAUUCUGGAGGUUUUCGCGCACGUAGAAAAUCGCCCCAGGCAAUCGCAAUGGCCACGCUAUCUUUGCGCAUCUCUAUACCGGAGAAGAAUGCUACCAAGAUGAUGCAGUUCGAUCCCAGCACAUCGGUAUACGAUGCCUGUCGUAUUAUCAGAGAAAAACUCGCCGAAGCCAGCAACAUGGGACAACCGAAAGAUUACGGCCUGUUUCUCGCUGAUGAGGACGUGAAGAAGGGAGUCUGGCUGGAACCCGGGCGAAAUCUCGACUAUUACAUCCUGAGAAACGGGGAUCUCCUCGAGUAUCGUCGUAAGCUUCGUACUCUCCGAGUGCGCAUGCUGGACGGAACGCUGAAGACCAUGCUGGUGGACGACAGUCAACCCGUAGCAAAUCUCAUGGUGGUGAUAUGUACGAAGAUAGGCAUCACGAAUCACGAUGAGUAUUCUUUGGUGCGCGAGUUAGUGGAGGAGGAAAAUGAAAAUCAGAAACCCGGAAAUUUCGGCACUCUCACGUUGAAGCGGAAGAAGGAGGAGAAAGGCGAAAGGGACGCCAAGAUGGAACAAUUGAGGAAGAAGUUAAAAACCGACGAUGAAGUUAAUUGGAUAGAUCCAAGUAAAACUCUGCGUGAACAAGGCAUAGACGAAUCCGAGACGGUUCUGUUGAGGAGGAAAUUUUUCUUCUCGGAUCAAAACAUCGAUAGUCGCGAUCCUGUACAAUUGUCGCUAUUGUACGUGCAAGCACGAGAUGCGAUCUUAGACGGUACACAUCCGAUUACGCAGGAAAAGGCUUGUGUUUUUGCCGGAAUCCAAUGUCAAAUCCAAUUUGGUGAUCACAAGGAGGAAAAACAUAAGCCGGGUUUUCUGGAUCUGAAAGAAUUUUUGCCGCAAUCAUACGUAAAAGUCAAAGGAAUCGAAAAGAAGGUCUACGCGGAGCAUAAGAAGCACAUCGGGCUCUCGGAGCUGGACGCCAAAGUUUUAUACACCAAGACUGCCAGGUCGUUGAACACGUAUGGUGUCACGUUCUUCUUGGUAAAGGAGAAGAUGAAGGGCAAGAACAAGCUGGUACCGCGUUUGCUCGGCGUGACGAAGGAUUCGGUCCUGCGACUCGACGAGAAAACAAAGGAGAUCUUGAAGACGUGGCCGUUAACGACUGUGCGACGGUGGGGCGCCUCGCCGAACACUUUCACCCUCGACUUUGGCGACUACUCCGAUCAAUAUUACAGUGUGCAGACCACCGAAGCAGAGCAGAUACUUCAAUUGAUCGCAGGUUAUAUCGAUAUCAUCCUAAAAAAGCAAAAAGCAAAGGAUCAUUUCGGCAUCGAGGGAGAUGAGGGAUCUACCAUGGUGGAGGACAGUGUGUCGCCUCUAAAGGCCACCAUCAUGCAACACGAGACCAGCAAUGUUGGUAAAGGAAACGUAGAAGCCGUCUCGGUUGCCAUACCCGCUGUCAUGAGGGCCGGAGGAGAUGGGGCCCGACCAUACGGAACCGGUCACAUAGGUGGUGCCCAGUACACGACCGUCAGCGGACAGGUGAACAUCGCUCAUGCCCCGCCUAUGGUCCAGCAAACUAAAGUGACAUCCGUCCUAUCCGAACCGCAACGUGCCUUAUUGUCGACCAUCAGCGCCGGUCACGAGGUGAUCCAUAUCGCCGAGAUGGAACUGUCUACCAAAGCUCAGCUGCCCGAACUAGGGACAGAUCCGGCGUCCCUCAGAUGGAUCGAGCAGACGAUCGACACCCACAAGCAGAAUGUAGGCUCGCAAAUUGCGGCGAUGAACGCCGCGACCGCUCAGGUGGUCACGUUGACUUCGGGACCAGCCGAUGACGUCGAUCAUACCGCAGUGGGAGCCGCGAUUACGACGAUUGCUACGAAUUUACCAGAGAUGACGAAGGGCGUGCGAAUGAUAGCCGCUCUCAUGGACGAUGAUUCGUCUGGCGAGCGAUUAUUGGACGCCGCCCGGAAACUCUGUUCAGCCUUCUCCGAUCUGCUGAAGGCCACGGAGCCGGAGACCAAAGAGCCUUUCAUAGCAACGACCUACGAACAAUAUCCACGGCAGAAUCUUCUAAACGCGGCGUCGCGAGUGGGCGAAGCGUCGCACCAAGUAUUGACAACCAUCGGCGAAGAGGAUGACUCGAAUCGCGAGCUGCAAGACAUGCUCCUUGCUCUCGCCAAGGCCGUCGCCAAUACCACUGCUGCUCUAGUUCUGAAGGCAAAGAACAUAGCAGCCACGUGCGAAGACUCAAUUACCCAGAACAGGGUGAUAUCGGCCGCGACGCAAUGCGCACUGGCCACAUCGCAGCUCGUAGCCUGCGCCAAAGUGGUAGCGCCGACCUUACACUCGCCCGCCUGUCAGACGCAACUGAUGAACGCCGUGCGCGAGGUGACCAAAGCUGUGGAGCGCCUGGUCGAUGUCUGCAACGAGACGUGCGGCGACGAGAAUCUGCUGAAGGAACUGAGCCUCGCCGCUGCCGAGGUCAGCCGCACCUUGAAUGAUCUUCUCAAUCACAUCAAGACUGCGACCAGGGGCGAACGCGCUAAGGAGUCCAUUCAGGAGGGCGCGGUGGAGACGAUUCUAGUUGCGACUGACAGACUAUUCGCCAGCACCGGUGACGCCGGCGAGAUGGUGCGCCAGGCACGAGUAGUUGGUCAAGCCACCGCUCAAUUAAUUCAGAGUAUCAAAGGCGAGGCCGAGAGACAGACAGAUUCAGAGCAGCAGCAACGUCUUCUGGCGGCGGCGAAACUGCUAGCCGACGCUACGGCCAAGAUGGUGGAGGCGGCGCGACAGUGCGCCAGUAGUCCGCACGAUGCGAGAAUGCAGGAUCAGCUUCGCCAAGCGGCGGAGGAAUUGCGCGUCGCGACCACCGCGGCAGCAACCCCGGCGUUACGCAGGAAACUCAUUACGCGUCUAGAGGCGUGCGCCAAACAGGCCGCAUCCACAGCUACACAGUGCAUCGCGGCGUCUUCCGGUGCCGGGCAUCACAACACGAAUUCAGCCAGUCAGGAGGAACUUAAUAUGGAGUGCCGCACGAUAGCGCAACAUAUUCCUCACUUGGUAUCGGGAGUAAAAGGCACUCAGGCACAGCCGGAUAAUCCGUCGGCGCAGCUAAACCUCAUAAACGCUUCCGAGCAGUUUUUACAACCUGGUACUGCCGUGGUGAAGGCUGUCAGAGCUGUUCUACCGACGGUUACGGAUCAGGCAUCCGCUAUGCAGCUGAACAAUACCUCACAACAAUUGGGAUCCUCUUUGGCGGAUCUAAGAUCGGCGGUGACGCGCGCCAGAGAAGCUUGCAGUGGACUGGAGCUCGACGCUGCGGAGGAGUUGAUAAAUAGUCUGAAGGACGAGCUGGGUGAAUUCUAUCGCGCCGUCGAGGCGGCCUCUUUAAGACCUCUGCCAGAAGAGACAACGGAAUCUACCGCUUUGAGACUCGGCGCAACGUCGAAGAAUGUUGGAUUUGCUAUGGCGCAGUUAUUGUCCGCCGCCAAGCAGGGUAACAAAAAUUACACCGGAAGCGCCGCUAGAGAGACCGCGUCGGCCUUGAAAGACCUCACUUACGCCGUGCGCGGAGUAGCUGCUACAUCUAACCAGCCGGAGACGCAGAAGAAGGUGUUGAUGACUGCCGACGACGUGAUUCUGCGAUCUUUGCGCUUGGUCAAGGAAGCGCGACGCGUACUGAAGCAUCCCGACGAUCCUCAGAACGAAGCCAACUUAGCUGCGGUCGCCAAAGACGUCUCUUAUUCGUUGAACAAGUGUGUGUCCUGCUUGCCCGGACAAAGAGACGUGGACGAAGCAAUACAUAACAUCGACGAUAUGGCUCAACUGCUCAACACGAAUGAUUUCCCGCAAACGAGCAAGAGUUACGGACAAUUACAGAGCGACCUCAAUAACGCGGCCGCCAAUCUGAACGACGCGUCCUCGAACAUAGUGUCGUCCGUGCGUUCACCCGUGCAGCUCGCAAACUCGUCGAGACAAUUCACCAAUGCGUUCGGCGAUCUGCUGGGCGUGGGCAUGGAGAUGGCGGGUCAGACGACGAUCGAGACCCGUAGCCAGGUGGUCGUGUCGCUGAAGAACGUCACCAUGACGUCCGGCAAGCUCCUAGUGACCGCCAAAUCGGUCGCGGCCGACCCCACCGCGCCAAACGCGAAGAAUCAACUUUCAGCAGCGGCACGCGCGGUCACCGAUUCCAUCAACUACCUGGUGGACGUGUGCACUUCGGCGGCGCCCGGACAAAACGAGUGCGACAACGCUAUCAGGAAUAUUCAAUCCAUGCGAUCUCUGCUCGACAAUCCGAGCGAGCCCAUCUCCGAUGUUUCGUACUUCGAGUGUCUGGAAACAGUAAUGGAGAAGAGCAAGAGCCUCGGUGAUGGUAUGACCGGCAUUGCGAACUACGCGAAGAAGUCGGAACACGAGAACUUUUCCGUAGCAGUCCGCGGAGUCUCCUCUUCGAUCUGCGGCCUGAUCGAAGCUGCGGCUCAAGCCGCUUAUCUUGCUGGAGUGAGCGACCCUACAUCGGUAGCGGGUAAACCAGGUCUGGUGGAUCAAGCACAGUUCUUACGAGCAGCGCAAGCCAUACACAGCGGUUGCCAGAGUCUCAGCAAUCCUACCACUACGCAAGAGCAAGUGCUCUCGGCCGCAACCAUAAUCGCUAAGCACACCAGCGCGGUUUGCAACGCGUGUAGACUUGCCUCCAGUAAGACCAGCAAUCCGGUAGCCAAGCGGCACUUUGUUCAGUCGGCCAAGGACGUCGCCAAUUCGACGGCGUGCCUCGUCAAGGAGAUCAAGGCGCUUGAUAAGAAUUAUUCCGACGCCAAUCGCGAGAAAUGUACGGAAGCUACGAAACCAUUACUUGAGGCGGUCGACAAUCUCUGCACAUUCGCGAGCUCUCCCGAGUUUGCGAGUCAACCGGCCAAGAUAUCCAUCGCGGCCAGAGCCGCCCAGGAACCGAUCACCAGCGCCGGCAAAUCCAUCAUUGACGGUUCCUGCGCCAUGGUGCAGGCGGCCAAGAGUCUCGCGGUCAGCCCGAAGGAUCCGCCGACCUGGCAAUUGCUCGCUAAUCACAGCAAGAGCGUCAGCGACUCGAUCAAGUCGCUGGUGGCGUCGAUUCGCGAUAAGGCACCCGGUCAGAAGGAGUGCGACGCGGCGAUCGAGAAGUUGUCAGCGCGCAUUCGCGAGCUCGAUGCCGCUUCGUUGAGCGCGGUUUCGCAGGCCCUGCUGCCACGUCGCGAGAACACCGUGCAGGGAUUCACCGACCAGAUGGAGAGCAGCGCGAGCGAAUUGCGCGAGAAACUCGAACCCCUACGCACCGCCGCCAAAUACGAGGCGGAGAACGUCGGCCAUGCCGUCAAUCAGAUUGCCCUUUAUUCGGAACCGCUCGUCUCAGGCGCGAUCGGCGCCGCGUCCAACAUGGUGCACUCGAAGCAGCAGAUGGUGCUGCUGGACCAGACCAAGACCGUGGCCGAGUCGGCGUUGCAGUUGAUCUACGUUACGAAGGAGUCCGGUGGGAAUCCGAAGGCCGUCGCGCUACACUCCGAGGUGGACGAGACCGUUGAGUCCACCAAAGAUGCUCUUCAAGAACUGCAAAAUACUCUCGAGACCAUAUCUACGUCCGCGGGUAUCGUGACUGGUUUAAUCGACACGAUUUCCCGCGCGAUGGUCAGACUGGAAGAUCAUCGAAUGUCUACUAUCGACACCGUGGAUUCUUAUGUGGAUUAUCAGACGAGGAUGGUCGAAGCUGCUAAAGAGAUCGCUCGCUUGGCUCAAGAAAUGUCGACCAAAUCUAGCACAGAUGUGGCUAGAUUGGGUCCCUUAGCGGUCGACAUAUCGCAUAAGUACACCCAGCUUGCUCGCGACACCUCCGGAGCAUCCGCAGCCGCAUCCAAUGCCGAUGUGUCUGCCAAACUUCGCACAGGUGUCCAGGAACUUGGACGAGCUUGUGCGGAUAUUGUUCGCGCUGCCGGCACUUGUCAGAUGUCACCUGGCGACGCUUACGCCCAACGAGAGGUCGCAGAGCACAGCAAGAACGUGACCGAAAAAGUAUCGCAGGUGUUGGCGGCUCUACAGGCGGGUUCGCGUGGCACUCAGGCGUGCAUCAACGCCGCCAGCACCGUUUCCGGCAUCAUCGGCGACUUGGACACUACCAUCAUGUUUGCCACCGCCGGCACGUUGCACGCCGAGAAUGAGAGCGACACGUUCGCUGAUCAUCGUGAAAGUAUACUGCAGACCGCCAAGGCACUGGUGGAAGAUACGAAGACGUUGGUCGCCGGGGCGGCAUCCUCGCAAGAACAGCUGGCAGUCGCGGCGCAAAACGCAGUGUCGACCAUCGUCCAGCUCGCCGAGGUCGUCAAGUACGGAGCGGCCAGUUUGGGCAGUCAGAAUCCGGAAGCCCAGGUGAUGCUAAUCAAUGCCGUGAAGGACGUCGCUUCCGCACUCGGUGACCUCAUACACGCUACUAAGGCCGCCAGUGGAAAACCCAUCAACGACCCCAGUAUGGCACAUCUUAAGGAUUCCGCCAAGGUGAUGGUGACCAAUGUGACGUCGCUGCUGAAGACGGUCAAAGCCGUGGAGGAUGAACACACGCGUGGAACUAGAGCCUUAGAGUCCACGAUUGAGGCUAUAGCCCAGGAGAUUCGAGCACUCAACAGCUCGGAGACCCAGAAGAGCCACGUGACCCCGGAGGACCUUGUACGUUGUACGAAGAGCAUCACUCUAGCGACUGCGAAGGCGGUCUCCGCCGGCAACAGCUGCAAGCAGGACGACAUUAUCGCCGCCGCGAACAUGGGCAGAAAGUCCAUCAGCGACAUGCUGACGAUUUGCAAGAGCGCAGCCUACAAUUGCGCGGAGACCGCCGAGCUGCGUGAUCGUACCCUUCAAGCGGGUCACGAUGUCGCCAUCAACUACCGAGAGCUGCUUCAGGCCAUUCUGCAGAUAUCAUCCAGGUCGAGCGACGCCAAGCAUACCCUGCCAGCGAUCUCGCGCAAGAUCGCGCAGAGUGUGACGGAGCUGGUGGCAGUAGCGGAGUUGUUGAAAGGCAACGAUUGGGUCGAUCCGGACGAUCCUACGGUGAUCGCGGAAAACGAACUGCUCGGUGCAGCAGCUAGUAUCGACGCGGCCGCCAAGAAACUGGCCAGUCUGAGACCAAGAAGAAGCAUUCAGGAGACGCCCGAAGAUAUGAAUUUCGAUGAAAUGAUUCUGGAAGCCGCCAAGUCGAUCGCCGCCGCCACCUCGGCGCUGAUAAAAGCGGCGAGUGCUGCACAACGGGAACUAAUCGCGACCGGCAAAGUGUCCCGCAUGCCGUUGACCAGUUCCGACGAUGGCCAAUGGUCCGAGGGUCUGAUUUCGGCCGCUCGAAUGGUGGCAGCCGCCACUCAUAGUCUCGUGGAAUCCGCGAACGCUCUUGUUCAAGGCGUAAGUUCCGAAGAGAAGUUGAUCUCCAGCGCUAAGCAGGUUGCCAGCAGCACGGCCCAGCUAUUGGUCGCUUGCAAGGUCAAGGCGGACCCUGAUAGCGACAGCACAAAGCGUCUACAGGCGGCCGGUAACGCCGUAAAGCGUGCUACUGAUAAUCUUGUACGCGCUGCGCAACAGGCUAUUCAACAGGAAGAGGACAGAUCGUUGGUCCUGAACCGCCGAAUGGUAGGCGGGAUCGCGCAAGAGAUCGACGCACGUUCGGAAGUGUUACGAAUCGAACGCGAGCUGGAGGAGGCACGAGGCAGACUCACCGCCAUUCGUCUAGCCAAGUAUAAAAACCGGUCGGACCUGGCCGACGGCGACGGCGAGCUGUCAGCCGAGCAGAGCGGCUACCAGAGCUACACCACCCGAUACGAGACUAGAGCGUACGAGCCGCAAAGCACGCCCUCGCCUAUUCAAACGAUGAACCACACCCUGGAUCAGUUGCAAUCUACCACGCAGCACAUCAGUCACCAGUUCGGUGAUCGGCAGAAUCUGAUCAGCCCGGAGAAGGUGCACUCGACGCAGAGUACGCUCGAAAGGAAGAUGAAAGACAGUCAGUAUCGAUCCACCGUGGACAAUCAAUACGGAUCCCUGGACAGGAAGUACAUCAUCGACAGUCAUCAAGACAGGAGUCCGUACGUCGUCACCGAGAGGAAGAUUAUCACGGACAAUUCGCCAGGUCAGUACAGCUCGAUCGAGCGAAGGAUCAACCAGGAGAGUUUCACCUCGGAGAGGAGACACGCGGACGGGAUUCCUUCCCCGAUUUCGUACCCGACUCCGCCGCCUCAACACAUAUUGUAUUCACCGAAACCCCCGUCCACUAUCCCCAAGAUUAUUCAGGAGCAAACUCUUGACGAUUCCAAGGAUCAGAAAUAUUCGACCGAUCGGUUUUCGGGUGUCAGCCCGAUGAGCACCUUCCGUUCCGAGAAGCAGGUAGAGAGUCAGCGAUUCAGCGGAGGGAUCCCGCAGCAUCAGACCUUCAAGAACGUCGAGAGCAAGGUCAUCCCUGGCGGCAGAAUGGAGACCAUCACGACGAAGACGUACACGUCCACACCCGGCAAGAGCAGCAGCUCCAACUACGAGACUACGGAGGAGACCAAGGAGUACACAACGUCCGGUAACGAUCUGUCGACGUUUAAGGGUUUUGACAAGAAUGAUUCCCUCGAGGAGCGCACGAUGAAGCAGUCGAUGCACAAGGUCACGGAGAAGAAAACCGUCACCAUGACGACGUCGAGCCGGCAGGAAUCCAACACGAAGACCUUCCGCUAUGAGGAUAAGCAGUGAAGAUGAAAGUAACGAAACGAAGGAUUAAUUAAUCUCGUUCGGAAAUAAUCUUAAGAAAAGUAAUUCGUACCGCUUACAAGAGAACGCACUAUGAAAACGCGAUAGGGUUUUAACAAAAUAGUUGGUCAAUUAAAAUCGAUAAUUGUAUUCAGCUGUUGUAUCGAGAUCAAAAUAAUUCAUUAUUCAAUGAUAUUUGACGUAUCUCAACUUACGCUGAACAUAUUACGUCAAGAGUAUUCAAUUUAUUGUCUCGAAGAAAACAAUAACAAGUUAUUCAUAGAAACGAAUAUAGAAAGUGCUCUUAGAUAGAUGUAACACUCGUGCUUUCCAUCUGUAGCCUUAUGAACGUAUUUCGAUAGCCAUAUACAAACGAUUUUAUGACGACGAGUUGAGAUUGCACGUAAUAUUACAUAUUUCGGACAUAUAUAUAUAUAUAUAAAAACUGGGCGCAUAUUAUGGAUUUUUGUCGAUCAUUUAUACAACAGUUUAGUUGAUCAUUAAGAAGUUUUAGAGCUUCUAAAUCUUUAUAAAUUUGAAUUAUGUAAAAUAAUCAUUUAUAUAUUAUAUAU